AACAUUGGGAGGGACUUUUUUAUCGCUAAGUUGUAUGCGGCAAAGCCAACUAACGCAAGUACAGCGGGAAGAGUGACAUACUAUGAAAAUGGAACUUAUAGCAUCCGUUUUGUUUUAAGCUGGUCCGGAACCAUAUCACUAUCAGUCACACUUAUACAUCCAAGUGAGGCUGUGCAAGUUCUCAGGAGAAUUCGUGACUCAUUUUCAUACAGGAGAAUCAUGUCAUGUAACUUUGUUGACACCAGCUCAUCAGAAAGCACAGAUUGCAGUCACUCUCUUACCCCAGAAAAUGUAUAUCGUAAAGGUUUCUGCAAUUUCUCUAAACCAGUUGUAAAUGGCACAUGGUACUGCGGAAGGCCAAAAAGUGUUUCUUGUGAUUCUCUAUCACAAUGCCAACGAAACAGCCAAGCGACUGCCAAGAUUCAUGGGGAGAUGCUUACACCAAACGAAAAACUACUUUUCACAAGCUCACUUGUAAAUCAAGAAGUUCCCAACAACAUCAAACUUAUCGUGACAGCCAAUCGUAACAAGAAUCGAGUAACUGACAGAUCACUACCUCAAUGUGGUCCGAACUUGCCAGAAACAAAGUCUGAGGGUUACUGGUACGGUGGAAUGUGGCAUUCUAGCAGGUGUUGUUCUCGCACAUUUCAAGUACCAGAUGUGUACAAAUGCUUUGAGAGCAAAACCAUAUUUCUUCAAGAGAUUCUACUGUUCGUCAAUGGUACCUUUUCCUUCGUGACCUUGCCAAUGGGACUAUUAUCAAACUUCCAAGCAGAACAUCAGAAGGUCCAGAAAUGGCUGCCAACUAUGCCAAAAAUAUAAUUGCAUUUUCGCUUUCAUCACCUACCAAAGAGACAUUGGACUGUCAGGGUCAAGUCUAGUGUCUGCCAUGAAGGACAGAUCAUUCUGGAAAACUUGUGCUUUGGACUGUGCCUCACCGGUGUAAAACCGGAUGAAUUAUGUAUGUAUGUAUGUAUGUACCUACCUCUCAAUAGACCUUACCUUUUCAAGGCAGGCCGUCUUCACUAUGUUGCUGAUGACAUUGACAUGAUUGCUGGUGGACGUGAUACUUUUAUUGUUUUGGGAUUAUGGGCUCAUUUUGCUGCUGAAUCAAUAGACAUUUUCCGCUCAAGGCUUUACGGGAUUCUUCAUGCAAUAAUACGUUUGCAUCGUCGUAGCCCAGAGACGAAGGUGAUUUGGCGAAAAAGUAACACUAGAGAACAUAUUAAUAUACAUCAUUUCUUAGAAAAUAGUGACAGGUUUUCCUACCAAUUACUGCAAGAGACGAAGAUAAUUCUUGGAGAUCUAAAAGUAGCAAUAGUAGAUGUUUGGGAGAUGUCUGUGUGUCAAUGGCAUAAACAUCACUGUCAUCCCCCAGUGGAUGUAAUUAAGAAUCAUAUUGAUCUACUAUUAUCGUUCGUAUGUUAAAUUUCAGUUAUAGGUAACGUUUAGGGCUGCCAUGAUUUCUCUUAUGUCCCCUAACUUGAAGUUUUCUUUUUUUUUAGUUUGUUUCUGGUGUUUUAUGUUCAACUUUAUGAACAUACUAAUCUUAUCGUAUGGAGUCAAAACUGACCCCAGAACGUUUUGUAAAAAUACAAUUUUCUGUGAUUCUUUUUGUGGUUUGUUCAUAUGUGUAGUUUCAUUAAUAUAUGUGGGACGGUUUGAAA